UCCCCUUCAUAAAUGCAUGGCAAUCUGAUGCGGAACUAGUUGUUAAAACUAGACAAGUGCUCGCCGAGGAUCUGUGCAGCUGCAAAUAGCCAGUACAUCAUAUAAAAUGGCUGGUGGGAAGGCAGGAAAAGACUCCGGGAAGACGAAGACAAAGGCCAUUUCGCGCUCACAGAGGGCGGGUUUGCAGUUCCCCGUGGGUCGUAUUCACAGGCAUCUGAAAUCCAGAACAACGAGCCAUGGUCGAGUUGGCGCGACUGCAGCUGUCUACAGCGCGGCUAUUCUUGAAUACCUAACUGCUGAGGUUCUGGAGCUGGCGGGAAACGCAUCAAAGGAUCUGAAGGUCAAGCGUAUCACUCCACGUCACUUGCAACUGGCCAUUAGAGGCGAUGAGGAGUUGGAUUCUCUCAUCAAAGCAACCAUUGCUGGUGGUGGUGUCAUCCCUCACAUCCAUAAGUCACUGAUUGGAAAGAAGGGACAGCAGAAGACUGUAUAACCCUGCAAACAGUGGCAUGGGGUCAUCUCAGGACAUUCUGCUUCAAUGUUUUGCUUGGUAGAACUUUAGGACUUUUUAAAUGUAUUAACUUGCAUCUACUCAUCUGAGGAAAAGUGGCUUCAGAGAAGCUGGUUUUGAUUUUUGGCUUUGUUGAUGUGUGCUGUUUUUAUUGUGUACAUUUUGGCAUACCAGUGGCAUUUCCAUGUUUGAAGUUGUAUUUGAAUAAAGCGCCACGGUAUUGUG